CCUUUCCAAGGGCGACUUUGUCAUUUCGUCCUCCACUUUCAAAAAUAAAGUAGACAAUCCAUUGGCUUUAUUGUAAAAGGAAAACAUAUGGUUGGUCAAUAAUGAAUAAUUUAUCUCUCAGUCUUCUAAACUAGCCCUGCUCUCUUUCAGCCAUUCUUCCAGCUUAGUUUAUCUUUAUCUGCAAAAAUCUAGUAGCAAAAACUUAACUGUGAUCACCAAAGAUGGCUUAUGCUGCUCUUCUUUCCCUCUCCCGAACCACUGGAGAAAUAAUCUUGGAUCAAGAUAGAUAUUCCAUUUCUCGUAAUAAAAAACAACAAAUUCGAUCUAUCUAUGAACCAUUUAUUUUCUUGCAAGAGUUUCUUGAAGAUUUUCCCGAAAAAGCCAACAUCUUGGAUGGGCGAAUUAGAGAUUUAGCAUAUGAAGCAGAACAUAUUAUUGAGUCUUUCAUAUUGAUGGAAGCUCGAUCACAUUGGUGGAAUGUUUUAGGUGUCAAAUCAAAGCUAAAAUGGCAAAUAAGAAAGAUAAGAAAAGAAACAAAUUCAAUCACAAGGGAGGUGAUGAUCAUCAAGAAUAACAGUGCAGUUGCAGUACAACUUGGUGCUUCUUCUUCCGCAGCAGCAGGUUCACCAUCCAGAUCUGCUCCGAUCAUCAAGAUUAGCUAUAUGGUUGGUUUACAUGAAGAUUUGCUAACAAUAAAAUCUCGACUCUGUGGAGAAUCGCCAAAUUUAGAAGUUAUCCCAAUCGUUGGAAUGGGAGGUAUAGGAAAAACUACUCUUGCAAAGUGUGUUUACGACGACCCACUAAAAGUGCAGCGGUUCGAUAUUCGUGUUUGGGUCACAGUAUCACAGGACUACAAUGCAGAUGUAGUUGUAUCAGCCCUCCUAGCUUCCAUGGAAGAGUUUGAUAAAGAAAGAUCCGAGGAGAGCAAAGAUAGAUCCAAGGAGGAAAAAGAAUUGCCAGGGGCGAAAGUGCACAAGAUCUUGAAAGGCAGGAGAUAUCUCCUUGUAAUGGAUGAUAUUUGGAGCACAGACGCUUGGGAUGAUGUAAGAAUUAUACUUCCCGACGAUGGUAAUGGAAGCCGAGUCAUGUUAACGACAAGAGAAACUGAUGUGGCUGCUUAUGCCUGUCGUUUGAGCUGUCCCCACAAGAUGCGGUUCAUGGAUGAGGCUCAGAGUUGGAAUCUACUUCAGCAGAAGGUGUUUGCACAUCAAGAUUGCCCUCCGGAGUUGGAGAACAUUGGAAAGGAGAUCGCGAGAAGCUGCAAAGGGCUGCCACUCGCAAUCGUGGUGGUUGCAGGGCUCCUAUCAGCGGUUAGCACCAAUGUAGCUUCAUGGAGCGAAAUUGCACGAAAUGUAAAUUCAGUUACUAUAGGAGGACAAUUUGAAAAUAUAUUGUCUUUGAGUUACACUCACUUGCCUCAUUAUCUGAGGCCGUGUUUCUUGUACAUGGGAAUGUUUCCUGAGGAUUGUGAGGUCCGUGUCUCAAAACUCACCAAAUUAUGGGUAGCUGAGGGAUUCUUGAGACGUCUGAAGACUCUGAACAGAUCUGAAGCCUUAGAAGAAGUGGCGGAAGAGUUUUUGGAGGAUCUUGUCAAGAGAAACCUUGUUUUGGUUACCAAGAGAAAGUGUGACGGCAGGAUCAAAAGUUGCAGCCUCCAUGAUCUGAUGCGAGAUUUGUGCAUAAGAAAAGCGAAUGAAGAGAAGUUUCUUGUGAACUUCAGCAGCGGGCUUCCAGUAAAGGGCAGGAAAAAUCAGCGUCGUGUAAGUGUUGCUCCUUCGGGUUUACCAUACCUCUCAGAACUUUAUGGCUUAACCAUCCAUACGAUUUUGUGCUUCCAUGGCAUCUCUGUAGCAAACAAGUUGGAAGGUUUUAGAUUGCUAAGGGUAUUGGAUGCAGGAAAUGUUUAUGUGCAUUCACUACCAGAUCAACUAUUUGACCUAUUUUAUCUAGCAUACCUUGCUGUCUACUAUCCUGGAAGGAUACCUACAGCCAUUUCAAAGCUUCGUAAUCUUGAAACUUUAAGCCUUCGCGCAAAGAAUGAUUGGAGGAGCUUUAGAUUUUAUUUAACCUGUUUGCCACAGGAGAUUUGGAGGAUGCCAAGAUUGAGACAUCUUGUCUUCUAUGGCAUGUUACCAAAUCCAGAAGGAAUAACAGCUGCUAGUCUAGAAAACCUCCAAACACUCUCUAUAGUGUCACAUACCAUGUGUAGUGAAAGGAUAUUGAGAAUGAUCCCAAACCUAAAGAAAUUGGAAAUUGAUUGCUCUGAUGCCAAAAUUUUCCUCAACAAUUUGGUGCAUCUGCGUCAACUUGAAGAUUUGAAGUUACGUUCAUCUCUUAGAAUUGUGCUUCACCAGAAGGAUGACUUCACUUUUCCUAAGUCUCUGAGAAAGUUGACAUUAAGCCGUGUGGCUCUUCCGAUCCUUGGGAGGAGAUGACUAUUGUAGGCUCGUUGCCAAAUCUUCGAGUGCUUAAACUGACUUAUUGGGCUUGCAAAGGCAGCACAUGGGAAACAAGCGAUGGAGAGUUUCCUAAACUAGAAAUUUUGGUAAUAGAAAUGUCGCAUCUCCAGGAUUGGAUAACUGAAAGUAGCCACUUCCCAAUGCUCAAAAGCCUCGUGCUCCACGAGUGUUCGAAGCUCAAUGAAAUACCAGAAGAUAUCGGGGAAAUUCCAACACUCGAGCUGAUUGAGGUGAAGGGGGAAGCGCGAACGUCACUUGUGGAGUCGGCCCAGAGGAUUCUAGAGAAACAACAAGAGUGGGGAAAUGAUGCCCUUCAAGUUCGUUGCAUGGCUCAUCGAUGAUGUGCUCUUUCCAUCCUUCUGUCGAUACAAAAGAUUAAUUUUGUUGCAGAUCAGGAAAUAUGCAAUCAAAUGUGAUGAACUAGGCCUCAGAUUCUCACAAUGGCAGUUUUGGCUUCAAGUUCGUUUUAUGACUCGUUAAUCAUGAUACUCUUCUAAUGAGCCAAUGAUUCUCAUACAAAGAGCUGAGAGGAUGGAAUAUGGAAAGAAGUGUCUUCGACCAGAGCUAUUUUUCUGUAUGCUUUGAUUAGUGAAAAUUAUAUUUUUGCUCUGUUUUUAUGUCGUGGAUAGAGCCACUUUAUGUUAUUCUCUAGUUUCAUUGCUUCCAUGGUGUAAGAAGCUCAAGAAAAUAAUUUAUAGCCCAAAUCAAAGUAACAAUUUUUUUAGGAGAA